CGUCAUGGUUAUUUUUAUUCUCAUUGCAAUCUUUCUUGUAUUUAUUUACUCGUUGUCAGAAAGUGAAAUAUAAGUGGGUGUCACAUCUUAAAGUUUUAUUCUAUAUUCUGAUAAAUUGAAAAAUUUUAAUCAAUAAUUGCGACUUGAUCAAUCACAUUAUGCCAACGUUAGGAAAACUAAAUCAAAGUAUGAAUGAUCAGAAUAUGUUAUACAAAAAAAACAAAUUUAUGGAACGGAAACAAGAAAAUAUAGGAACCUCUACUAAACCAAAGACUAAACGUUCAGCGUCCGGUUCUAAUUGGGAGACAUAUAAAGAUAUUAUCCAUGAAGAAGAAUCAAAUCGUGAUAAAAAGAAGAAUAAUAAUUCAACUACAGAAUUUUCUAAAAAAUUUCAAAAAUGUAGAAAAUCCAAUCAGGGUAAUGCGAUGAAUAACAUUGUCAAAUGUGAUCCUAACAUGGAGGAGAAUAAGAAGAAAAUAACAAAAUUCAUUGCAAUGGAUUGCGAAAUGGUUGGGAUUGGCGAUGGAAGAGAAAGUAUGAUUGCUAGGGUAUCCAUUGUCAAUAAAUUUGGUCAUUGUCUUUAUGAUAAAUACGUUAAGCCAAGAGAGAAAAUCAAGGACUAUAGAACAGCGGUCAGUGGUAUUCAUCCGCAUCAUUUAAAAAGUGGUGAAGAUUUUGCUACCGUACAAAAGGAAGUAGCAGAGAUAUUAAAAGGAAGAAUUUUAGUUGGUCACGCUUUAAAACAUGAUUUAGCAGUAUUAUUCUUAUCGCAUCCUUAUAGAAGCUUAAGGGAUACAUCAAGAUAUAAACUUUUUAAAGACAUCAUUAAAUCAAAAACUCCUAGUUUAAAGAGAUUAGCAUUGGAAUUUUUAGGAUUAGAAAUACAAAUAGGCGAACACGAUUCUGUAGAAGAUGCAAGAGUAGCUAUGCAAUUGUAUAUGCUAUAUAAAAACAGAUGGGAAUCCGAUAUUUACUCUAAAAGGUAAAAUAAGAGAUACAUAUGUAUAUAUUUAUUACGUUAUCGAAAAAAGAAAAACAAUCAUCAUUACCCCAGCUUUAACUGCAUUUCUUCAAAAUAUAUGCAUAAUUCAGAAUGUGCAUUUUCUUUUUUAUCGAAACGUAAUUGCAGAUUAAUAAGGAUAUGAAAAUUUAAUCAAACAAAUUACGACCAAAACAUGCUAUAUCACAUAUGCUUCUAUAUAUUUUCUUUUAUUGUAACAAACUAUUUUUAUUUACAAAUAAUAUCACAGUGAAGUACUAUUUUACUGUCUAAAUGUGAUAGAUUAUUUGUGAAUAAAAUAAUACGAAGUAGUAAUUGUGCUGCAAAUUCAUAUCCUAUAUAGAAACAAAUAG